AUGGAAAUUGCUGCACUGACAACAAAAUUAAAUCUAAGUGAAAACGAAGUUCAAAUAUUUCACCAUCUAUUUGAAAAAGGUGCAGGCAAGGAUGGCAAGAUGACAAUGGAGGAAUUUCGUGAUUAUUUUGCAAAAUUACGUCGAGAACGUGGUAUUAACGAUGAAGUUAUUUCUGACUUUGUAUUCGAUGCAUUUGAUGCAAAUCAUGAUGAUUUAGAGAUUUUUUCAAAUUUAUCUGCAAUAAGCGAAAAUUCGAUGUUUAAGUUGAACACAUCAGAUGAUGGAUGUAUUAGUUCUGAUGAACUCGAGGCUUAUCUGAAAAAAUCAGUUAUAAUGCGAAUUGGAAAAGAAAAGGCAGUAGAACUUGAUAUGCAUGCAACUGCUCAAGAGAUUUUCGAACGAUUCGCUUUGAAAAGAACAUUUUCGUCUAGAUGUAAAAAGGAAAAAGAUAUUGACGAGAUUAUUGGUAAUGCAAAAUAA